UGUGUAGAACUGGUUCCCGACAUUUUGAAAACAGAAAGAGACCAGAUACGGUCAACAUGGACAAAUUAUUUAGACUAAGGCAAAUCUCGAAGUUCUGUAGGAGCUUUGUUUAUAGUGCACACUGUUCAGAGAAUGUAGUUCAGUCAAGAAAUCUUUGCACCACUGGUAGACGAUGUUUCAUACGUAGGGGUGAAAAAGUUUUUGAAGAAGAAGAUAAUACUGUUAUUGCUCAUGAGAAACGUCCAUACAUACAGGAAUCAUGGGAUACAAGUAUCAGAUAUUUAGAAAGUGAUUCUUACAAAAAGACUUAUGGUGAUGAUGUUGUUUGGAAACAUUACAGAAGAAACUUUAAAGGAAAUUAUGCACCUGAAACAAGAGAGAAAUGUAUUAGACAAGGAAAAAUUGCCUUAGCAAGUCCAUGUCCUCUUUGUCGAGAUGAAUACUUAACUGUGGAUUAUAGAAAUAUUAAAUUACUGAGACAAUUUUUAAAUCCAUUUACUGGUGAAGUUUUGCCUUCAUUAAAGACUGGAGUUUGUCAACAAAGAUUGAAGGAGUUACAGAUACAAAGACUUAAGGCUAUAGACUAUGGUUUUGUACAGAUGCCUCUUAAACAAAGACAUUAUGACUAUAGUGAAUAUCAUAAUCUAGCAAAAGAAUCAGAACAGAAAUCUAAACUUAUGCCUAAUUCAACAAUAACAGAUAUGGAUACCUUGGAGGAAGCAAUGGCCUCCCCAUUAGAUUUUUCAUCUUCAAUAGAAACCAACAUGGCUGCUUCUGAACAUUCAGAAGAUAUGAAUAAUGAUCAAAAGAAAUUGGAAGGAGAUGAAGACCAAUCAGAUUCUUCUUCUGAUUCUUCUUCAGAUUCAGGAUCAGAAUCUGACUCAGAUUCAAGCUCAGAAUCAGACAAAUCAGAAGAUUCUGGACCUCCUAAUGACACUUAAGAUAAACCAGAAGAUCAACCUAGCUAACAAAUGAUUUAUUUAUUAAAAUAAUCUAAUUUCUUUUCA